AUCGCCCCGGUGGAUGACGAAAGCGUUGUCAAGAACCAUUUGGACAAGGCGGAAAAUACGCUGGUGGAAAUGGAAAAAGUGCUACGAGGGCCGGCUUUCAGAGACCCAACAGCCUGCUUUGUCGAUGCUCGCAUGAAAAAGUAUGGAGGAAAGGAUGUCUUUGUCAUGGAAUCUAACAUGACGCUACCAUUUUCCGCACGAGCGACUGCCAACACGAUAUGGAAGGUAAUGGCCACUGGCAAGCUGAAGAAUCACUGUGACGACCAUCGCGUUCUCCAUGAGUCCGAUACUCUGCUUUCACAAGCGUUUGACAUUCAUCUCGCAAUGGAUGCGUUUGUUGCCGAUUUCCGUUGCAAGUAUACGCUCAGCAGAUUCGAAGAAGACUUUCGCCGUGUUAUCGUGUGGGUGACGCAAUACGAACCGAUCCAGAUGAAUGGAUUGCAGUAUCGCAAUAUCCAUUGCCAGCAGAUUGGAUGGAUUGAGCUCAAGACUCUGGAAGUUGCGGGAAUGGAAACCACGCUCGCCCGAUCAUACUCAAGCCUCACCGUUGAAUUUGAAGACGGUGCUGACAACAGGGAACUGCAAAUCCGCUCUUUGUUGAACUUGGCGCUUCCAAUUCACGAAAAAGUUGGGGGCUGGUGCUCUUCUCUCGUUGAAACAGCACUGAUCGAGGAAGACUGCAAGCUGCACAUGGAACAAUUUUCGUGA